AAUGGAGAAGCAGAGCUCGCAGACUACAAGAAUAAAGCAAAACUUCUCUUUAAGAAAAUGAAUGAGAAUUCUGAAGAGAGGUGUUCCAUCGAGUCAGGAAAUUAUUAUUUUCACUAUUUGAUCCAGCAAGGAGCUGCCAGGGGAAGUCCUAUAAGAAAAGCAAUGUUUGCUUCAAAUUGA